AUGAGGAGGAAGGAUAAGGGUGGUAUGGGGUUUCGAGACCUGAGGACUUUUAAUAUGGCCAUGCUGGCUAAACAGGCAUGGGCGGACCUUUGGCAAUGGGAGAUGUUCCAGUGCCUACGCCACCAACUUUUCCUGAUUUUUCUGGUGCACUGUUGGCUUAUUUGGUCUCAUUCUCAUGGAAAUCAGAUCCUCUUUGGGGAAGGGGUGAAUCAGAAGAAGGACCCCACCUUCUUAUUCCGACCUGCCAAGGAGUAUGUCAUCCAGUAUGAGCUGGCCUAG